AUGGCAGCGAGCGAUCCGGCGAGCGAUCCGGUCGAGGCGCCUGCUGUGCUCGAGGCGGCCGCGCCAGGCUUCGCCGCUCGCGCGGCCGCCUCUCUCCGCGCCGAUGGCUUUGUACGCGUCCGCCUCAAGUCCACCGACCUCGCAUCGGCCAUGUAUGAGCGCUGUGCCGCCUUCUUUGACGACCCGGAGGCACCCGGCCGCGAGUUCCUCGAGCUGCACCCGCGUGCCGCCUGCGCCGCCGCCGCGCUGGCCAAAGCGGACGGCCCGGCGGCGGCAGCCCUGCAAGCGGUCGCUGAGUGCGCUGAGGCGUGUCACGCAGUCGCCGUGGCGGUCCUGGAGGAGCUAGCGGCGGAGGGCGGCGAGGGCGGCGAGGGCGGGGCAGCGCUGGCUCAGCUUGUCCAGCUGCCCUGCGGCCGUUUCGAGGCGAUCGAGGAGUCGAUGGCGGCGGACGAGGCGCUUCUCUUCGCCUAGAAGGUUCCGAGAAGGUUCCGAGAAGGUUCCGAGAAGGUUCCAUGCGGACGAGGCGCUUCUCUUCGCCGGCUCGUCCCUCGCCGCGCUGGUGCGGGGCAUCCGGCCGCUGCCGCACAAGGUCGCAGCGCAGGGCAGCGGCCUGCGUCUCUCCGCGCCCUACUUCCUUCGCGCCACGCCGCGCCUCGCGCUAGGCCGCGCCAGCAUGCCGCCCGGCGCUGCGGGCGGGGCAGGCGGCGCGGUGUGCGGCGCGGUGUGC